ACACAAUCCAGUUACUGAUGUUGAGACAGGAGAUUUCUGGCAUGCACGUCUAUGUUCUGGAGUAAUAGCUCAUACCUUCUGGCAAAACUUUGAGCUUAACCGGUAUUUCCUGAGCAGCUAGUGUGUGCCAGGCAGGCUGAUAGAGUUUUCAAGACAAACUUUGGGGAGCUUAACUCUGGGGAGCUCAGAGGGACAAGGCUGUCUGAGAAACAUCUUUCCCAUGGCACAGGGUCAAUUCUGUAAGCCACAGGCAGAGACUGCUGUAGGAUCAGGAAGGUCUUUUGGGGAGGCAACAUGCAAGCUAAACUGAGUAACAACCGGCCCUUCAAGGGAAGGGUAGGAAACACUAUGGCAGAGAAAGGAACGCAAGAUGUUGCAGCAUGGUGCCUGUCAGCCACAUUGGCUAACCAACUGCUGGCUGUGAGGUAGGGCACAGGGGAGGCAGAGUAGAGGAGGUUUGCGUGGCACCAUAUUAAGGAGCUGGGAUUCCGUGUUUCAGGCCAAGCAGUGGGCCUUCCAGCUGAGGAGCUAAGCAGGUGGGAGACAUGGCGUUGGAGCAGAACCAGUCAACAGAUUACUACUACGAGGAGAAUGAGCUGAAUGGCACGCACGACUACAGCCUGUACGAAGCUAUCUGCAUAAAGGAAGAGGUGAGACAGUUUGCAAAAGUUUUCCUCCCUGUCUUCUUCACCAUCACUUUCAUCACUGGACUUGCCGGCAACUCCACCGUAGUGGCCAUCUAUGCCUAUUACAAGAAACAGCGCACCAAAACCGAUGUGUACAUCUUGAACUUGGCCGUGGCUGAUUUACUCCUGCUGUUUACCCUACCUUUCUGGGCAGUCAAUGCGGUUCACGGGUGGGUUCUAGGUAAAGUGAUGUGCAAGGUGACGUCGGCCUUGUACACAGUCAACUUUGUCUCAGGAAUGCAGUUCCUGGCUUGUAUCAGCAUCGACAGAUAUUGGGCAGUAACCAAAGUCCCCGGCCCAGCGGGGGCGGGAAGGCCGUGCUGGCUCAUCUGUCUCUGCGUCUGGCUGGCCGCUACCUUGCUGAGCACCCCCCAGCUGGUGUUUUACACGGUCAACGACAAUGCCCGCUGCAUCCCCAUCUUUCCCCACCAGCUGGGAACCUCGGUGAAAGCAUCGGUCCAGAUGCUGGAGAUCUGCAUCGGGUUCGUGAUACCCUUUCUCAUCAUGGGGGUGUGUUACUUCAUUACGGCAAGAACGCUCAUCAAGACGCCGAACAUUAAGAAAUCCCGACCCCUCAAAGUUGUGCUCGCCGUGGUUCUAGUUUUCAUCAUAACGCAGCUGCCUUACAACGUCGUCAAGUUCUGCCAAGCCGUGGACAUCAUCUACUCCCUGAUCACCGACUGUGACGCCAGCAAGCGCCUGGACGUCGCCAUCCAGGUCACCGAGAGCAUUGCGCUCUUCCACAGCUGCCUCAACCCCAUCCUCUACGUCUUCAUGGGCGCCUCUUUUAAAAACUACAUCAUGAAAGUGGCCAAGAAAUACGGGUCCUGGAGAAGACAGCGACAAAACGCAGAGGAGAUUCCUUUCGAUUCCGAGGGCCCUACAGAGCCGACCAGUACCUUCAGCAUUUAAAUGUUCAGCGGCCCUGCCUCUGCCUGGACACGCACGAGUGGUGCUUCUGCCUCAGUUCACACAUCUGCGGUGUUCUGAGAAUCAGACUCCGUGGUUGCCGCUUAUAACCAGAAAGGGGUUGGGGGAGGGGCCGGACGGGAGCCAAGAAGAGGAAAGGAGGUAAUAGCUGUGCAAAGUGUGAAAAUCAACACUAGCGACACAGGCAAACAGCAGUAAGGGACAGCAAUAAAUAAAAACGCCUGCCAUGAAGAGGAAGAUCCUGUGGUGAUGCAUAGUUCCGUGUCUUGAUGGCAGUAGUGCUUACACAAAUCUACACACGUGAUAACAUGACAGAACUACACACAGACAGACGCUGCAGCAAGUUCAACUUCCUGGUUUUGGUAAUUAACCUAUAAUCAUGUAAGAUGAGAACUACAGGGAGAAACUGGGUGGAGGUUACCUGGGACCACGCUAUACUUUCUUUAGAGGUUGCUAUAAAUUUAUAAUAAUUUCAAAAUAAAGGGAGUUUUUCAAAAUAAAAAAAA